AUGUUGAAAAACUACCUAGAAUAUAAGCGCGAGCAGGUCCUUCUACGCGAGGACACGAAAAGCGACGUCUUGCUCAUGUCCGGAAGUUCUCGGAUUGACAGAGCAUCGGACGAAACACUUGCAAAAUGCUGGAGCAAUGGGACAGUGCGGGAGAUGCUUCCGUUAUUCGAAAAAGACUGGAAUCGAGAGUUGACGGAGCUUAGAGAAUUUUCAAUGGACCAAAGCGGAAUGGGUCACACGGAUAUAUCAAAGAGGCCGAGUCCUCGUAAGCAGCAAAUAUAUGAGCCUCAUUGGCGCUGCGUGGCUACGAAUGAUGUGGAUGCGCUAGCAGCGUCUAACAUCUUCGAGCGUGAGUAUUUGAUCGCGAUAGUAAUGGCUUUCGCUAGUGUCCUCGCUGCAGAUAUUGCUGCUAAUCUGGAUUUAAGGGUCUUAGUAGGUAAACGAGGUACUCGAGGAUGGUUAGUGAAGGGAUCCCUGCUCUAGUUCAGGUGAAGCACACAGCUAAGAAGUAUCAUAACUAGGUGAAAUAGAGGACUGGAAUCACCUUGAUCUGGAACCCGAUUACUAGUGUAUCCAGCCUGUCAGUAACCUCUCUAAGCAAUCCUCUGUCCCGAACGGGCUUAAACGAGGACGCUUUGGCCUCAUCGCUAUGGAACCAUCGCGAAGGAGGGCAUAGGUGGCUACCUCUCUGGGCGCUUUCUGAGGAUGGUCGUACUGCUAUUAAGAUAAGUACCCAAGUGAGGAACAUCCUCAGCAUCACAUACCCGGCCUCCUUCUCAAGGGAAAUAAGAAGUGGACAAGGAUAUGACUUUCAAUGCGGUAGUAGAAAAAAGCAAACAUCAUGAUCAAUCAUGGUAGUUGUAGGAUCAUGGCUUCUUAGAAAAAUGGAAGCAGCCCCCAAGGUCGCUCUAAUGGUAGUAGAAAAAAGCAAACUACUGCGAGUCCAUUUCAACCUGAGGUAGUUUAAGGGCUGUAAGUUGACCGAUCUACGAGCAUAUCUAUGGCUUCUUCAAGUAGGAAAGUCAUAGAUAUGCGAGCUAGAUGUAGAUCGGUCAACUUGCAAACGCUAACAAGCUUUGCGGGGUUACCUGAAAUUUUGCGCACUCUUGCAAGCUGUAGAAGGGUUGGCGUUUGAAGAUGACCCAAACAACGAAUCAGCACACCAAGUCAACACCAACCCUCACAGAUCAGGAUGUAGUGUACUAUUUCCGGGCUCUUUUUCCUUUUCAUUUCGCGGAAAAAAGCGCAUUUCUUCUGCUACUAGAUUGCGUGAGAAUAUCGCGCGCGCAGUGCGUGACAAAACAGCAGAGAUGUGGAGGGAACUGUUGGCCGAUGCUUCGCAAGGAUCUUGGGCUCACAUGCUUGCUGAGCGAAACGAGCUGGCGCCGCAGACUUAUGCUGGGUAGUCAAAUUCACAUUGUUUUUGGCAGGCUCUAGUAGCUGUAAAGGACUAUAGUGUACAUCUUUUCCGUAGUGAUACGAAUUUGAAGAUUCUCUCAUUGGCAGGUCUUCAAGCAGAUUACUUGUGAAAACGCGGUAAUUUGAUGAUGAAACUCGCGAAAAUCCUGACAAGAUUAUCUUCUCUCUCGUCUUCUAAGAAGAUCAGGAAAACACGCGUCGUCUCUACACAUUCCUCGCGCAGCACGCGAAAGCCGGCACACAACCACCUGUAGAAGGGCCGCUGAUGGUUCGGAGUGGGAACGCAGAAGGUCAGGAACAUACGCCAAGGGCCACGACGAUGAUGACUCCCCUUGAGUAUGAUGGGGUGAUGAUUGAAACUCCGUUUCUGCCGUCACUCCUACAGCAGCGCCUUGGGUUGCCACCAGUGACUUGUGCUCCAUUGCAUUAAGGCUUCAGGAGGUAAAACUUCGAUCUGUUGACGAAAUGGCAUUCAGAACCAGAAUAGCUGGACUGGAACUGUAAUGUUGCAUUUUUUAAAUGUCCAGGCUUUUUUGCAAUUAUGCGCCACGGCUUUAGGCUAAACACUGGAGCGACAGCGACUACUCUUUUUACUUGAAAUGACAACCUACUCUUUAUAUGAAAUGAAAUGUUGUACAGGGGGUGGCUAACCCAUGACUUCUGUGCAAUGUUGUCUCUUAGGUAGUUUCAUAGGAAUUACGACAGGGACACACGACACGUGACAUCAAUUCGUUCUUGUGCUUUUUUUCCAACUCUAAUAUUACCCAGACACACCCAGCAGCAGCAUAGCGGAGGAGGCCAGCACUUUGGAGUUACCAGCAUCUUCAAGGUUAGAAGAAGAAGAGAAAGAAAUCGGCAGGGAAAUCUUAGGGUAUCUGCCUUACAGAUUCGAAUCAUCAGAAGAAGAAGAGAACAGGGAGGCGCUGAGAACGGACUCAGAUGAUGGUCGACGACUACAACUUUAUUCUUGCUUAGGCACUAAUAAGCGAAGGCGCCUGCAACCACCAGCAGCCCAAUUGUUGUGUCGUCUAGCUCAGCGAGUUUUCACGGCUUAUCCGGACAGGUCGCUUCUGCCAGCUCAGUUUCAGAAUAUCAGCACGAAUUCUCCUGACUGGCUCGUGACGUUUAGUUUUAUGUCGAAAUUAGUAGCGCUUCUGAACAACCUGGAAGCAGCUCUACGUGAUAUCGAAGAGAAAGAACGAGUAGACCGAGCUGAAAGUGGUUUCACGCAAACUUCGUCUUCUAUCGAAAUCCAAAUCUCUUGGGUAGAUGACGUCACAGAUUACUUCGAUCGCAGGCUCUUCACUGCGAUUCUGUGUAUGGAUGAUGAUUUUUGCAUCUAUCAGACCAUAGCGGCUCCCCGUUUUGAGGGGAAAAGGGUAGCCGUGACGGUCUGCCCAUUGAUGGAAAAGACACCAUUCAUACUGUAUCACUACGUGAAGACAAGCCCAAGUGCAAGUGCUAUGGGUGCACAAAACGCACAUGCAGGUGGGCCUGCGCCUGGACUGAAAUCGAGAAUCCUAAAAAUUGUAAUUCAGCCUGUGAGUUUUGCGCGUGCUGACCAAGAGCCCAAGAUCAAGGAAUUGGAACCCAUUAUUGUGGAUUUGCAGAAGCAAAUGGAGAUUUAGAAGAUUAAUAUUACAAACUACUACCAGCUACAAGUCAUAUUCCUACUUCCUUGUAUUAUUUAAUUGAUAGAACAAGUACUACUACUAGUUACUAGUAAGACACACUCACUACGAUCGUUGCUGUUUCGCAAGCCUUGACUUACAUAUUAUGUAUAAUUUAACAAAUGCCCUUCUCCUUUCUCAGGUUACCUUUGCUUACGAAUGAACAAACUUCUCUGAAGAUUUGGUUCAAUUUCCAUUCUGAGUCAUAAUUUCGAUGGAGAGGAUGGCUGAUGUCUUUAAUACUGUCCCAAAAAUACUAGACUGUCGGUUGUGUGCACAUUUGCGGGAGCUUGAAAAAACUUUUACUUUCUGCACACAAACAUGAUGUGAGUUUUUUAUCAUGAUUUUCUAGGCUCACAUGAUGAAGAGACGACCUCCUGUUGCGACACUGCGCAUGAAGAACGCAACGAUAUUGCUUCCGUUAAAUUUUCCACUAAAAACCACUCACAUUUUCUUUACAACUCAAACGGGGACGGAGUUUCAGUCCGUGUCGCUCUCGCUUUACCCGG